CGUUGUGUUAAUGAUGAUGAUGAUGAUGAUGAUGGGUUUAUAAAGGUGGGGCUGUUACUGCGAGGGGCCACUCCAACCGCACUCAAACGUGCAGAUGGACGGUGAAAGGCAACUUGUGAGCGGGGUCAGUCAGAGACGGGAAAAGAGGUCUUACGCAGACUUUCUGCUUGACGCGGAGGAGCCGGGGGGCCAUGCGGAGGAAAUGAACGCCAUGAGACCACGCAACGAGGCUGUUGGACCUGUGGCGGAAGUUAGCGGAGGAUUUGAUAAAUUAACAGAUUUGCUGACUGCAGAGGAACCAGAGAGCUUACCCAAAAGGAAAUGGGAACACUUUGGUCAUUGCAGAGACGCACCAGAACUUAAUGAAGUAGACUCAUUUCCUUUCUUCCCAUCCUACGACAUAUAUGCGCCACAAGAUGGGUGGAAGGAGAGAGGAGAAGAGGCUGGAACAGAAGUCAACUGGUUGGAUUCAAUUUCUACAGCAGAGGGCGGUAUUGACCAGCCAACUCUAAGGCCCUUAACUGAGCACUGGGAAUAUCUAGAUAACGAGCACACUGCAGCCGAGUCCUUCGUUGCUAGUUCUCAUACUUCUGCUGAUAGUCCAUUAAGCCGGACUAGUUCAGUCACAUUCACAUGUAGUUCAGACACAGCCAUUGGUAGUCCGAUCAUAAUGGCCAGUCCCACAGCUUUUGCAACAAGUGCUACCAGUUCAACCUCUGAAAGUCUCAGAUUCAAUCAUGUUGAAUCUGACUGCCUUAACUUGGACCCAAUGAAUGCUGCUGCCCACCUGCACCUGUUGGGAGAAUCCUUGUCUCUCAUUGGACACCAACUGCUGCAGACAAAUAAAAUGGUGUGUAUGUCCAGUUGCCUGUCUUUACUCCUGGACUCUCUACUCUGUGGCCUGGCUCCUCUAGCUUGCCUCACCUCACACAUACCAGAGCUCAGGAGCUGCCUGCAACACACAAUGGCCGACACUCUGGGGAACAUUGCCUAUGUGAUGCCUGGACUAUAAAGUGAUGAAGACACUUCGCAGCCAACAGCACAUUACAAGAUUGUUAAGAAUGGUUUAGAUUAGUUUGGACUCAUUGCAAAAAUCUUGAUCUAAAAUGACGUGUUAAAAAUAUUAUUUUCUACUUAACAGGAUCUAGCUUUAAAUCUUGUAAAUGUGUUUAUGAAUGAUUUUUUUUGUGUUCUUCAAUAAAAGCUCUUCUUUGUUA